CAGAGAAACAAAGGCGCGUCUCAACGUCGAUGUCGAUGCUGUGCGGCGCACAUUCAAAUUGAGAAAAUGUACGUUCUACAUUUCAGUUGCAUACUAGUGUUUUAGUCACUGCACGAAUAACUACGGAAAAAAGCGAAUGGAUACCUACCCCUUGGAGAUAAGAUAAGGAUGCCCUGUUAUCAUCGACCGAGGUUUCUGUCCGAUCCAGGUAUAAUGCGAUUGGCGAACUUGGAUCGCUCAUUUCGACUGUGGAUAUUACUGGAACUGGGUGAGAUUAAUUAGUGCACCUGUUAGUGAAGACGUCAGUGAAUCAUUGCUCUCCCCAGAAGAAUUGUUAGGAAAAUUACGGUUUCAAUAAGUGUAAAUAGCAGAACUAGUGCUGCUGUAUGUUAUGAUUUAAUAGCGGUGUGAAGCAAUAAUGAAAAUUCGUAGCAGUAUCUUAGUGUUAGCUAUAUGUACCGGAUUAGUCUUGGCCGCGGAAGACGGACAAACCAAAAAUGCCACCUCGAACUCUACUUCGGAUGACAACGCACAAACCAAAGAUGUUCCGCAGGAUGAUGGCAAUAAGCAACAAACGAAUAAGCUUUGCACGCAGUGCACUUGCGAUGCUGCCCAGAGGACCUUUAACUGCUCCUCGGCCCAGCUGUACAAGCUAUUCAACAUGAGCGAUUGGACAAGCCUAAAUGAAAGCGGUAUCGCUACGGAAAUUAUGCUACUGGAUCAUAACGGGCUGGCCGAAGUGCCGCAGUUUCCUGUUUUCGACGUGAAAAUAUUGGACCUGAGCCACAACAACAUAUCUGUUAUCGCCAAAAAGGCAUUCUUUAAUUUGAAUAAUUUAGAGGUGCUGGACUUGUCGUAUAAUAUGCUCACAGCUAAAAGCCUCAUUCCGGAGAUUUUCGAGGGUAGCUACAAUCCGGACGAAUAUCUUCCGAUGGAGAAAUUGAAGGUUCUUCGAUUGGGCUACAAUCAACUGCACUCGUUAGAUCAGGACGUGUUCGAGCAUCUACCAAAUCUAGAGGAAUUGAGCCUAGUGAACAACGUGUUCAAGGUGAUCGAUCAGCUGAGCGAAACGGCCAUUGCCAGUGUGAAAACGUUGCGUUCACUUGAUUUGAGCUACAUGGAACUGAAUGACAUUCCAGUUUACAUCUUCAAUGCUCCGCAAGGACUGCAGUACCUCAACUUAACCGGUAACCUGCUGACGACGAUUCCACAGGCUCUCGACUACGCGACCAACUUGAAGUGGCUUAGUUUGGACGAAAAUCCAAUCGAUAACAUCCAGGGUGAUCAUGUAUUUCCAUCGCUCAAAUUUCUCGAAUAUCUGAGCAUGUCCUACAUAACACCACUGAAGAUCAUCGGACGUGGGGCCUUCAGCAAACUGAUAGCCCUUCAGGAGCUCCACAUUUGCAACAAUCCUGAGUUUACGUAUUUCAGUGCCGAUGCCUUCGUCCGUGAAGAUCCCGACGAUCCGGCUCGUAAGGAUUGGCCCCGUGUCAAGAAACUCUAUCUGCACAAUAACAAUCUUAGUUCUUUGGAUGCCCAAUUGUUGGCCCGGUGGGACGAUAUGGAAGUGGUUGACAUUCGGGUGAACCCGUGGGACUGCGAUUGUCAUAACCAGUGGAUCGUCGAAACGCUGCUGCCACUGAUCGAGAAAACUACACCAAAUGUUAUGAACAAUGUUGUUUGUGCGACUCCCAAACAAAUGGCCGGCCUGUCGAUGAUCGACCUGGAACAUAAGCACAGCCAGAUGCGUUGUGUAGACAAAUAUGGCAAUAAUCCGCAGAAUGAUGGGGCGCUUUUGAUCGGGCUGCUGAUCGGUGUCCUGGCCGGAAUUCCACUAACAGCGGCUGUAAUCCUGAUCUACAAACGAGGCUGCUUCGGAUUGGUACAUCGCGGACCGGCCUCUUUCUCGAGGGCCUUCUACAGCAGAGCGACGAAUGAUGAUUUCUAAGAUGAAAAAAAAUGUGCCAAUCAGUAAACAAUAGAAAGGCUAUCGAUGAUUAUUUCGCCAUUCUCAGCUUCCCAGUGUCCUAAGCUAGCUGACAUUGCCUUUUUCUUUUGUUCCAGUACUUAGUCGUAGUUGAUGUUUAAGAGGAAAUUGACUUACUAUAGCUGUUAAGGAUGUCGUUUUUUUCUAUUUACCACUAAAAUAUAAGAAAAUGUGCA